AUGUCUCCAGAUGCCGAAGUUCCGAUUCUAAUCGCUGGCGCGGGGCCUGCUGGGCUCGUGCUCGCGCUUGUCUUGCUCCAGAAUGGAGUGUCCGUCCGGAUCAUCGAUAAAGAACCCAAUUUUAGACCAGGCCAACGCGGCGCAGGUCUCCAGGCUCGGACUCUAGAGAUAUUCAGUCACCUUGGUAUUUUGCAAGACAUCCUGGCCAUCGCACUUAAUGGCUUUCCCAGACGCGUUUACAAGCUCCCAGGCGGGACAGAUCCACUCAAGACAGUAUCUAUGUCUCCUUCAGAUCAACCGACGCCGUCCACACCUUAUAUCAACGGUCUCCAUUUGGGCCAGUACAAUACAGAAGCCAUUCUCCGCGCCCACUUAGAAAAGCUUGGCUGUCAUGUGGAGCUUGGUGUAGAAUUAUGUGGUUUUGAACAGUAUCCUGACGGAGUCAUCGCUCACGUCAUCAAGAGAGCCGGUGAUAGGGAAGAAUCUGGAAUCAUCCGUUGUCAUUGGCUCGUUGGAGCCGAUGGGGCCAGAGGCAUUGUGCGUAAGCAACUCGGUCUCACUUUCCUAGGGGAAACCAGAGAGGACGUGCAUGCGGUAGUAGGUGAAAUCGAAGUCAAGGGAUUAGAUUUCGAGCACUGGCAUCAAUGGGGGGAUUUUACAACAACUUUGCUGAUGCUGCGACCUACUGAAAAUUGCGGAUUUUUUUAUUUGAUCACUGGAGGGAAGAUCGACUAUGCUGCAAUUGUCGCAGAUCGAGAGGCGUUGGUCCGGCACUUUUACGCAGCCACCGAUCGGCACGAUCUGAUAGUAGGCGAAAUCAAGUGGAUCUCGGAUUUCAGACCGAACAUCCGCAUGGUGAACAAAUUCGCAGAAGGACGAGUGUUCGUUGCGGGAGAUGCAGCUCAUGUGCACAGUCCCACGGGUGGACAGGGAUUGAAUUCUAGUGUUCAGGAUUCGAUGAAUCUCGGAUGGAAACUUGCCCUCGUCGAGAAGGGCCUUUCAAAAGCUUCGCUACUGGAGACUUACACUGAAGAGCGUCUUCCGGUGAUCGCGGCUAUGCUACAGAAGACAACUGAUAUCCUUAACAAGACACUAGAGGCGAAUGCAAACACUGGAUCUGGUGAUGACGAAGCAUGGAGGCGUGGCGGUGCUCUCAAGCAGCUAGGAGUGAAUUACCGCUGGAGCUCCAUCGUCGUGGAUGAACGCACUCCUUUCGUGGCAGAGCAGCCGGUGGACGUGUACGGAGGCUCGGAAGGAGAAGACCUUCGUGCGGGAGAUCGCGCUCCGGAUGCGCCUGGCCUCGAAGUCGUCAAGUCGCAGUUUGUCGAAAGCACAAUUCGUAAUACGACGUCACUAUUUCAGAUAUUUCGUCCGUCGCGUCACACAGUGCUCAUAUUUCCCGCCAUUUCUGGUGAUAUACCACCGCUCCUUGAGUUCCUGCGCCAGCACAACCAACAAGUCGUGCUUACUGUGCUUAUCUUAUCUCGAAUUGCGUCGUACACCGAGGAAGUCCAAGCUGCAGACCUCGUUCUAUCAGACCAACACGGUCAUGCGUAUGCGGGGUACGGCAUCUCGUUAGGCUGUUUGACUAUCGUCGCUGUCAGACCAGAUGGGUCUGUAGGGGGUAUACUGCUUGGCUUGGAAGGGUUGCAGCGGUAUCUGUCCUGUAUAUUUUCUGCUGUGUAG